AUCAAUCAAACCCACAAAAACAAAGAAAUUUUCAGCACCAAAAAUAAAAAAAAAAUAAAAAACUCGCUCAGCUUCAGGCCACAUUUUCACAACUACGAGAAUAUGGCCUAUGGAUUCAUCCCCAACACCCUUCCUUUGCUCAUAAUUCUUCUCACUCUCUUCAUAACCUGCCUGCUCAUCAAACUCGCUAGACGCCGAAGCGACUCCGACGUCAGCCACAUUCGACUGAAGCUCCCGCCGGGCUCAAUGGGCUGGCCUCUCAUCGGCGAGACCCUCCAGCUCUACUCCCAAGAUCCCACCCGUUUCUUCUCCAACAAACAGAAACGGCACGGCGAGAUCUUCAAAACGCACAUCUUGGGCUGCCCUUGCGUCAUGCUCGCCAGCCCGGACGCUGCCCGCUUCGUCCUCGUAACCCAAUCUCACCUCUUCAAGCCCACUUACCCCAAGUCCAAAGAACGCCUGAUUGGGCCCUCGGCCCUGUUCUUCCACCAGGGCGAUUACCACGCCCGCCUCCGCCAGCUCGUCCAGCGCGCCCUCUCCCUCGACGCCAUCCGCAGCCUGGCCGGCGACGUCUCCGCCCUGGCCGCCUCCGCCUUGGAAUCUUGGGACGGCGGCCACGUCAUCAACACCUUCGAAGAGCUCAAAAAGUUGUCCUUCGAGGUUGGGAUCCUGGCGGUUUUCGGACACCUGGAAGCCCAUUACAGGAUAGAGUUAAAAAAGAAUUACGGCAUCGUCGAAAAAGGCUACAAUUCCUUUCCCACCACCAUGCCUGGAACUCCCUACAAGAGGGCUCUUACGGCUCGGAGGAAGCUGAGUGAGAUAUUGGGGGACAUAAUCAGCGAGAGGAAAGAGAAGAAGCUGUUGGAGAACGACAUGUUGGGUUGUCUGCUCAACUCCAAGGACUACAAAGGGCAGUUGUUGACGGACGAGCAGGUCGCCGACAACAUCAUCGGAGCUCUGUUCGCCGCACAGGACACGACGGCCAGCGCCAUGACGUGGAUUGUCAAGUACCUCCACGACAACCCGAAGCUUCUCGACGCUGUCAAGGCCGAACAGAAGGCGAUUCAAGAGGUGAAUGAAAGAGACGGCACUAAUAGUGAGUCGACGCUGACCUGGAGUCAAACUCGUCACAAUAUGCCAUUCACUCACAAGGUGGUUUCAGAGAGCUUGAGGAUGGCAAGCAUUAUUGCUUUCACGUUUAGAGAAGCCGUGGCCGAUGUAGAAUACAAAGGGUACCUUAUUCCAAAGGGUUGGAAGGUGAUGCCUUUGUUCAGGAACAUUCAUCACAAUCCAGAAUACUUCAGUGACCCCCAUAAAUUUGAUCCUUCAAGAUUUGAGGUGGCACCAAAGCCCAAUACGUUCAUGCCAUUUGGCAAUGGGGUACAUGCCUGCCCUGGGAAUGAGCUUGCCAAGCUGGAGAUGCUUACCAUGAUCCACCAUUUGGUCACCAAGUUCAGGUAAAUAUAUAUUACUAAUAUGAAGAAACAAAAAAUAAAAAUAUCUUUCUGGGUUUUUUUUCUUUUUGUAUGGUAGAGUAAAAUUAGAUGUGGGGAUCUUGGAGAAUAUUUCUCAGCCAACAAAAAAAUUGGGGGGACGAAAUUGAAAGGAAUAAUAUUUUGAUUUGUCAUUUUCUUUUGUUUGGUCUAUAAUUAAUCUUCUGAUGGUCCAAUUGAUUGAAUAUAUUGCAGGUGGGAAGUGGUAGGAUCUGAGAGUGGGACGCAGAACUGCCCAUUUCCAGUGCCAAUGAAUGGACUCCCAGCAAGAUAUUGGAAACAAGUCCCCAGCAGCUAGGCCUAGCUAGGUUUAAGAUAUAUAGUAGAGAAUGAGUAUCAUCAAUUUGGGUUACAAUUUACCCAUAUAAUUAGCUUAAUCUUAGCUAUUAUGUUCUUCUUUGUACCCAAUCUUUGGCCCCAAUUUUGGCCAUAAUCAAUGCCUGAUCCAGUUAAUUGGGGGAAAACCCCCUAUUAGGGAAUGCUAAGAUGAGUGUUUCCCAGCCAAGCCCAUACCCUUUUUCAUCGGCUGCAUUUUCCCAUGUGAUUAUAAAAAGUUCAAUUAUAAAUUCUAGUGUAGUUGUUCAACCGAAGCCCUU